AGAUAAAAGAAAUGUCUAAAAACAAUUUUUGAUAGACGUCUAUCAAUCGGGUUUGCCCGUUGAGAGUCAAAAUACACAAUUACCCACCCAACCCUCAUUUUAUCUUCCACUCAUUGAGAGGUGUUCUCAGCACAGAGAGAUGGCAAUGGCGGAGGAGGUGGAGGAGAAGGAGAAUGCAUUCUCGGAGCUCUCGGACGACAUCGUUUUGAACAUCUUCCACAAGCUCGACGGCGACCCUCGCCAUUGGGCCCGCCUCUCCUGCGUCUCCACCAAGUUCUCCUCUCUCAUCCGCAACCUCUGCUGCGAAUCCAAGUGCUCGCAGACGAUUCCCUCCGUCGUCGCCGAUCUCGUCUCAGAUGCCUCCGCCGCGGCUCCUCCGUGCGGCUGGCCUUCUCUCUACAAGCUGGCCUUCUGCUGCCCUGGCCUCCUUCACUCCGGCGUGCUCUUGGAGAGUUCCGAUUUCGGCCUCGAGCGCGAGCUCGGCCCGGAUGAGGAUUUCCGAGCUGUCGCCUCCGUCUCCGAGGAGGAUCCUCCUCCUCAUCCUCCUCUCGUCAAGAGCGCGGUUGAUGGCGGCUCCCAACAACCUGAUUGCGGCUGGUCAUUGUUUGACGAUCUGAUGUUUGAUACGCUCUGCGAUGCUUCCGAAUCGUCCCGAUCCGGAGAGGAUCCUCCGUCUGAAGCGGCGGCGGGAGAUUCAGCCGGAAUUCUCAGAUCUAAGAGGAGAAGAACCGUCAGAUCUCGUUGUUCUCACAUGGCGUCCGGCGCGUGGAAUUUGAGCCGCGAGCAAGGGAUUAAGCUCCUCGCGAGUAGAUUCAGAGAGGAUCGCCUCUACAUUUCCGAAUGGCCGGGCUGCCUCCACGUCGAGGAGAAGAGGAACUACAUGCUUUUCAGAGGAAUCUUCAAGAACUUCAAGCAGUCUAGGGUUUGGAGGACGAUCAACGACGGGAACAGGAAACAAACAGAUCUCAACUGUGCAUUCUGCACUGCCAAACACACCUGGGACCUGUACUCUGCAUUCUGCCUCAGAAGGUAUUUCGGGUUCCACGAAGAUGGCGAGCAGGUCGUUCGAGCCUAUGUCUGUGAGAAUGGACAUGUUUCGGGCGCUUGGACCGAUUGGUCCUUGUACACCUGAAUCGCCAUCUUCUUUCUCCUCUAUUUUCCUGAUUCAAUCAUCAUGAUUAUUCUCAAAUAUCCCCUUUUGAUUCAUACUUAGUGAUGAUUGGGUGCUAGUAGUAGUAGUAGUAAUCAUACUGGCUGGUUUUCUCAGUUCCAAGAAAACAUGGAUGAAUUGCUGAUGUUGUUGUAUCUAUGUAUGCAUAUUCUAUAUUUUUUAGGUUUGGUCUCAAGUCACUCUCAACAUUUGUUGUUUGAUUACCCCUUUGCCAUUGAUUUCUUUCAUAAUGUGAUCAUAUUUCUAUAAAUUAAUCUUUGUGUUUGUC